GAGGGCUAAAGCGGAAGAGCCGCGAAGCGUCUCUAAUGGUGGCUCUGCGGCUACGGACCAUCUCAGUGGAACUUUAAGCUUCUUCGCGUGCGGGAGCUGGAGCUGAGAUUUGGGUUGCGCUGAAAUCGUGGAGAAUCUCGUUGGGGUUUAGGAAGUUUUUCAGAAGGUGAUUUAUUUGAAUGGUACAAAUAGCGAAAGAAAUGGAAUGCAACAAAGACGAGGCGAUGAGGGCGAAAGAAAUUUCUGAGAAGAAGUUCAUAGCAAAGGACAUUGCUGGGGCCAAGAAAUUUGCUUUGAAAGCUCAAAAUCUGUAUCCCGAGAUCGAAGGCGUUUCCCAGAUGUUGGCAACUUUCGAUGUGUAUACUGCUGUGGAAAACAAAGUGAAUGGGGAAUCAGAUUGGUAUGGGAUACUGGGUGCGAGUCAACGGGAUGAUUAUGAAUCUUUGAAGAGAAAGUACAGGAAGCUUGCCCUAGUGCUUCACCCUGAUAAGAACAAAUCUAUUGGAGCCGAAGGAGCAUUCAAGCAUGUUUCCGAAGCUUGGAAGCUUCUGUCAGACAAGGAGAAGAGAGCAGCUUAUGACCGUAGGAGGAGUUUAUGGACAGUUUAUCAAAAGGUUUCAGUUUCAUCUGCUAACAGCGGCUUCGGCAAUUUCACCAAGAGUACGAAUGUGAAGACUCCGAAGAAUAAUGUGCAUAAGCCCGUUCCUACUGCUAUUAACGCUAACGGUUCAUCUCAAGCUCCAAAAACGGGACGACCUGGUCUAACAACUUCAUCGCCAUUUCCUGCAAAACAGGCCAGUUCUACAGCAGUACCAGGUCCAUUGAAAGAUUCAAAACCGGAUACCUUCUGGACUAUCUGCCUUAGAUGCAAGUUGCAGUACGAGUACCCUAGGAUUUAUGUUAACCGUGGUAUGUUGUGCCCUAACUGUCACCGGUUGUUUUUAGCGGUAGAAAGACCUCCGCCAGGUAUAUCAACCCGUUGGAGCUUCAGCAGUCAGAAGCAAAAUCAAAAUCCCGGUUCGGAUGACCACACCACCUGGAAAUUCUCGAGGUCGAGUAGUGCAGCUCAUGCUGCUGCUGUUGUUCAUAAUGCUUACGAGAAGGUUAAGAAAGAACGGGAGGAGGCACAGGCUGCUGCAAGAAAAGAGGAGUAUCUGCGGAAAAAGAACGCCAGAAGGAGAAGCGCUGAAUCUGAAUCUUCUUCGCCCGUUAAUGCUAAUGCCUCUAAACUAAGGAGGGUUAGCGAAAUUUGCGGAAGCAAAGUCACCUAUAGACCGAGCGGUACCAUGGGCAAGUUAUAUGGGACGAAGCCUGAUGGUGUGCUGCAAACAGUUGACAUGAAACGGAACUGCGGAUCCAGAGCUCGUUGAUUGAGAAAUCGAAGAAUGAAUACCUGCAAGAAUGUAUCACCAGAUCAGAGAUCAAGUUAUAUAAGCAUUUCUCAACCCGUUGCUUCGUUCGGUUGGAAACGAGCUUACGGUGGAUCUGUUUUCGACAAUUGAAUUGAGCAUGCUAUGUUAUAUUUUCCGCAGCCAAUUCAGAGACGCGCCCAUAUGCUGCGGAAGAACAAUCCGCCGCUCUUUUUUGGUCCCAGAAACAGCUGAUUUUGGGCAUUUCUGAAAGGUACUGUGACUCUGUAGAAUUGUAUAUGUAGUUUUAACUAUGUUUCGGUUUCAUCACUUUAAUCAUUUUGAACUUUUGUCCUGUUCGAGAAAAAAAUUAGAACUUUGUGGUCUGUUUGUCUUA